CCCACUGUCUUUGCAAACAGCAUAUACACACACACACAUACAUACACAACACCAUGCCAUGAUCCAAUACAAAAUCAGUCGUACUUUGAAUUGGCUCUUGCCGUGACACUGAUAAAUCAGCCAUCUUCAGCGAAUAAUUCUGUUCAUUUCUGAGCACACUAAACCAGCAAAAGCAAGAAUAACGUGCGCAGAAUCAUCAUCAUCGUGGUCGUGCUUCAAAUUGAUACCGUACAGUUCCGUGCCUGCUUAUCGAAAACGCCAUAAGAAAUCAGCUGGGUGCCAAUCCCUUUGUUGGCUCUGCUGCUGCUGCUGUUGCUGCUGCUCGCUUGAUAUUUUGAGUAGUAGAGAGGACCGAAAGUGAAGCUGCUGUGGGCAUCGUGAGAAAAAAUCGUACCUGAACCUCGUACACAUCUUCGCCCAUAGCUAGUCCCAAUUAUUGCGUUGGCUAAUUUCCUCGCCGGAACACACAGCACGAACCGUGGUGAUAUUUUCUGACGCGUUAUCCCGCUAACCUGUCUGGGGCCGUUUGCCUGCUGUGUUUCGAUUAUUGCGUUGCAUGUUUUCGAGUCGAGUGCAGUAGCGGGCACAGGUUCUGUUUUGCGGGUCUAUUCGAUCGAGCGAUUCCUCGGCAAAGGAAGGACGGACACCUGUUUAAGCGGGGAGAGUGGGCGUAGGAAGCAGUGCCGGAUCAGCUAGAGCAGCAAAAAGGAAUCGCCCGGAAACUCUACCACCAUGACGUACAAGCAGCGAAAUUUGGCCAUGAUGGGCUACCGUUCCGUAGGGAAAUCCUCGCUUAGUAUACAGUUCGUAGAAGGACAGUUUGUUGAUUCGUAUGAUCCUACCAUUGAAAAUACAUUUACGAAAAAGACCCGCAUCAACCAGACCGACUAUGAGAUACGAUUGGUUGACACGGCCGGACAGGACGAGUAUAGCAUUUUUCCCGCGCAGUACAGCAUGGAUUUCCAUGGUUACGUGCUGGUCUACUCGAUCACUAGCCAGCGCUCGUUCGAAGUGAUAAAGAUCAUCUACGAAAAGCUGCUCGACAUGAUGGGCAAGGCAUACGUUCCGGUUGUGCUAGUGGGCAACAAAACAGAUCUACAUCAGGAGCGUGCCGUGCCGAUGGAAGAGGGACGAAAGCUGGCCGAUUCGUGGAAGGCACAGUUUUUGGAAACUUCUGCCAAGCAGAAUGAGUCCGUGAACGAUGUAUUCUCCCUGCUGAUUGCACAGAUAGAGCGUGAUAAUGGAAAUACGAGUGAGAAGAGCAGCUGUACCAUUUCCUGAACAACUCAACGGAACCACGGGUCUCAGGUGUUACGCAUAUAUACCCCGGUACGGUAUGGUAGACGACGAACUUACCUUACCCACCUCCAGCAACCGUAAACUGUAAGUGUAGAGCGCGUACCAUUAGCAGUGGCAGCGUGUAACGUCGGCAAGUGGCCUCCCCCCCCGCAAUGGAAUGAAUGUUGUUUUUAUUCACCACAUAUUACAAUCGAUAUCGGUGCGUACACAGCGCAGCGAUUGGCAGGAGAGGAUUGUUUCUGGUCUCUUUUGUUUCGUACAUACACGUAACAACUUAAAGGAAUGUAUAGAGCGCAGUGGCAUCUUUAAAUAUGUAAAAUGGUUUAAAAGCAAAAUAAGAAAACAAUUUGAAACGCACACAGAUUGAUAAUUUCAGCUGCUCCUUGUUUAAUCGCAACCGCUAGGAUGAUACACCACGGAAAUGAUCACGAAUGAUCGCGGGGCAGCAUAUCCAUGCCCAUCAUGUCCUCCGAAUUUUCCGAGCUGUCUUUUUUUGUUUGUUUGUUACCCCACACGAUAAGCUAUAAACUAGCUUGUUCCUGUGUUCCAUCAUCAUGCUCAAAACUGUUCAGGAUGAUCGAAAGAUUGAGUUAAUAGCUUAGUGUGACUCACAAUCGGAAGACGAAUACAUCCAACAGGUGGCGCAAAUCGGGUGCGUUCCAGUGUAAAAUGAAACGAUCGGGGGAAACUGGAAUUGCUUAAGCAUCUUUUCCAUUUCCGGAAUCAGAAUAGCAGAAGCAAACACUUUUUACAUUUCUUAUCCUUUCAUUUCGAUCCGGAAAUUUGGUCAUCACCGGUAUCACUAAUAGGGUGAAGUAUUUGAAAAUAUAGUUUGUUUGACCGCAAAUGGCUAACAUUGCAAAGUUCAGAAACACUUAAAUAGAUGUAUUUUUCCCUGCAACACAUUUAUACACCAUUAGAUGUACCUUACAAAGACAGUGUCUCAUUUUACUGUCUCACAGCACUAGCAGGAGGAACAGAAUUGACUAGAGUAGCACUCGCAAUGUGGCAGAGCACAUGCAGAUUAAUCUGCGUUAUAUCAUCGAUUCAUUCGAACUGCAGAAUUUAGGUCAGACAGUUAGGUCAGUUCGAACUUUGGCGGGCGUUAAAGCAAAUGUUGUUGCAAAAGAUGUGUUCAUUUUACUAUUUUACGAACGACUGGGAAACCUGGAGAGAAAGAAAGAACAAACGUAAGCGUAAAUUAGAUCGACUGAUCGGGACGAACAAAACUUGCGGUGCGGUGUAAGUGGUUAUUGGCAUUGGCCCAUCUAUCAAAGCAUUGAACUGCGGCACCAGCUCGGUCAUUCCGUCGUCCGUAGCGGUGAUCGCGGGAACGCAUGUUGGAAUUUGUAACACAGUAACAGCGACACAGGUCACAGAAAUUCCAGGCUGGGGGUAUAGAAAAGCAAGACACGCAUUCGUCUGCUUCCUAACGUUCGCCUAGCACAAGAGGAACGAAUUAUAUAGUGUAGCAAUAAGGGGGUUGUUUCAGUUCACUUGGUUUCUUUUCCUUUAAUUUCAAACAUCAGAGACAUAGUUUUAAAAUGGCCGCGAUCGUUUCAGAAAGCGCAACGGUCAACAGAAGAGGGAAGGAAGAGUAAAUACAAACAAAAAUGCAAUUGAAUUUUAUAAUGUGAAA